AUGGGCGACAAGUCCAGCGAGGGAGGAGGAGGGCGUCUCGAUGGGUGGCCCCCGUCCCCCAGCGAGGGCGGUCGCCGUGGAUACUGGCGGUGGAGCAAAGAGGACUUUUUCCCCGGGCCAUCCUUCGCUUCCUGGGCGGCCUACGCUGCCGCCGUAGCGGAGACGGGGCCCCGCCUGCGCUCUCGCCUGCUGCGUCGCUCCACGUCGGCUGCCGAGCUCCGCCUCCUCCCCAAACGCAGCGAGCACGGUCUCCGUAAGUGCCUCACCUGGUGGGAUCUCGCCUGGCUCGGCUUCGGCGCCGUCGUCGGGUCCGGCGUGUUCGUCCUCACGGGCCUCGAGGCCAGGUACGACUCCGGCCCCGCCAUCGUCCUCGCCUACGCCGCCGCGGGCUUCACUGCCCUCCUCUCUGUCUUCUGCUACGCCGAGUUCGCCGUCGAGAUCCCCUCCGCGGGGGGGUCUUUCACCUACCUCCGCGUCGAGCUGGGCGAUUUCGUCGCCUACAUCGCCGCCGCGAACAUCCUCCUGGAGGCCCUCGUCGGCGCCGCCGGGGUGGCGCGGUCCUGGACCUCCUACUUCGCCACCCUCAUCGACCGCCAUCCCGACUCCCUCCGCAUCCGCGUGCCCGCCCUGGCCGACGGCUUCAACCUCCUCGACCCCAUCGCGGUAGCGGUCCUGGUGGCCUGCUCCGCCUUCGCCGCCUCCGGCACCCGGCGGGCCUCCUGCUUCAACUGGGUCACCUCCCUGGUCAGCAUCGCCGUCAUCGGCUUCAUCGUCGUCGGCGGGUCCGUCCACGCCGCCCCCUCCAACCUGACCCCCUUCUUCCCCUUCGGGGCAAAGGGGGUUUUCCGGGCGGCGGGGGUGGUCUACUGGGCCUACACAGGCUUCGACAUGGUUGCCACCAUGGCAGAGGAGACGAGGAACCCCGCCCGCGACAUCCCCCUUGGCCUCGUUGGCUCCAUGGCAGCCAUCACUGCCGUCUACUGCGUCAUGGCGCUGGUGCUCUGCAUGAUGCAGAGCUACGAGGCCCUCGACCCCGACGCCGCCUUCUCCGUCGCCUUCGCCGCCGUCGGCAUGCGCUGGGCCAAAUACCUGGUGUCGCUCGGUGCGCUCAAGGGGAUGACUACGGGGCUGCUGGUCGGCGCCCUCGGGCAGAGCCGCUACACAACGCAGAUCGCCCGCGCCCACAUGAUCCCCCCCUUCUUCGCCCUCGUCCACCCCAAGACCGGCACACCCGUCAACGCCACCGUGCUCAUCACCGGCGCCGCCGCCUGCAUCGCCCUCUUCUCCAGUCUCGACGUCCUCGCCACCGUCUCCUCCAUCAGCACCCUCUUCAUCUUCAUGCUCACCGCCGUCUCUCUCCUGAUCCGCCGCUACUACGUCCGGGGAGUCACGAAGAGGUCAGGCCGGCUCAAGCUCCUCUCCCUGCUCGUGCUCAUCGUAGGGUCCUCCGCCGGCAUGGCCGCCUGCUGGGUCUCGGACUACCGGGCCUGGGCCGGGUACGCCGGCGGCGGCGCGGUGUGGCUCCUGGCGACGCUGGGACUGGCCCUGGCGGUGCCGCAGCAGAGGGCACCCAGGGUGUGGGGGGCGCCCCUGGUGCCGUGGCUCCCUUCCCUCUCCAUCGCCGCCAACCUGUUCCUCAUGGCCUCACUCGGCUCCGACGCCUUCAUGAGGUUCGGCGUCUGCACGGCGGUGAUGCUCGCCUACUACCUCAUCGUCGGCCUCCACGCCACCUACGACGUGGACCAGCAGCAGCAGGCGUCGGAGGCAUCGCCGGCGGACAAGGGGGGCAACGCCAGCGGCGGCGGGGAGGGACCUUGA